AGGGGUAUGAGUGAGAGGGAUGGGUUAGAGAUGGAGUCAGGUGGAUGACGGUCGGGUGGGUGGCAGGAUAGACUCACAAAAAUCUAGAAGAGAGAAUGAGGCCUCAACAACAGAAGGGCUGAAAAGGAGGCAGCACAUUUGAGGAGUGUUUAGGAGGUAAAUGAAGCAGGAGUUGGUGACUGACGGUAUUGAAGAGAAGGAAAUUGGGAAGAAUGAUCCCAAGGCUUUAAAAGAAUCAAUGCGGCAGCUCUCUCUUUUUGGCCUGUAGAUUCCUCAGGUCCAAAGGCACAGAAAUGGCCACUGGACUCCUCUGCGGCUCCACAGUUCAUUCAGGACUUACGGCGACCCUCAUAGGUAUCCUGUCCUGUGACACGCUCCCUUUGCUGAAGGGGCGCAGGUCUGGUCUCGGAGACAGACACAGUGUGAUCACUGCAGCCAUCACAUAAAGGAUGCCCUGGGGCCGAGGAGGAGUCUUUACGCGGAGACACAGAAGUGCGGUCUCCCAUAAGAACAGGUGUUUGCCAGCGUGGUAUGAGCUCGCUCCCGCGUCCCUGCACCCCAUCCCGGGCACCACAAGUUGCUCCUCGGCCGCCCCUUCCCGCGCGUGGUACGGCCCGGCGGGCGCGCAUCCAGGCACAGGUUAUAAAGGCCCGGGUGCGGCAGCCGACUGCGGACUCAAGAUGCGCGCAAAAGAGUCUGGGCGGGAUUCCGCCCGGGACCGGCCAAGACCCGCGGAUCCGGCAGCAGUCACCCCUGCUCCUCCGUCCGCAGCCAGUCCCGCUCCAGAGCCCUCCGCCGGGCUUGAACCUGCCCCUGUGCAGGCACCGGCGGCAGGACAGCGAGCAGGAUCCAGAUCCGCAACCUUCUCGGGACCCUCCACGGGAGCUCGCCCGACCUCCGAGGCUGGAUCAGAGGCAGGAGCCCAGCGCGCGUCCGCAUUCUCGGCCGUCCAGCGGAAUGCCCAGUCGGUGCCCAAUUCGGACGCGCCGUGGACUCGCUUCAUAGUCCAAGGGCCUUUUGGUCCCCGGGCCACUGGCCUGGGGACUGGAAAGGCGGCGGGCAUCUGGAAGACGCCGGCUGCCUACAUCGGCCGGCGGCCUGGGGUGUCCGGCCCCGAGCGCGCUGCCUUCAUUCGGCAGCUGGAGGAAGUGCUGUGUCCUGACCUACCCCCUCCGGUCAAGAAGAUCACCCAAGAAGAUGUCGAAGCGAUGUUAAGUUUGCUAGAGGAGAGAGAGCGGGACCUGAACACGGCAGCUCGCAUUGGCCAGUCCCUGGUGAAACAGAACAGUGUUCUGAUGGAGGAGAACAGCAAGCUGGAAGCCAUGCUGGGCUCGGCCAGGGAGGAGAUUUUACAUCUCAGACACCAGGUGAGCCUGCGGGAUGACCUCCUUCAGCUUUACUCAGACUCUGAUGAAGAGGAGGAGGAGGAAGAGGAUGAAGUUGAAGAGGAGGAAGAGGAAGAGGGGGAGGAAGAAGAUCAGAGGCAUGAUCAUCCCUAUGAAGCGUCAGAGCUGACCCCUCUGACAGAGUGGGAGUCGCACCACUGCCCGCAGCUGGAGGUGCUACAGGAGCAGCUGCGGCUGCUGGAGGAGGAGAACGAGCAGCUGCGAGAGGAGGUCUCUCAAUUCGACGACCUUGAGGAAGAGGAGCAGAUGUUCAUCCUGGACUGUGUGGAGCAGUUUUCGGAGGCCAGCCAGCAGUUGGCCGAGCUGUCGGAGGUGCUGGCGCUCAGGAUGGAGAACUAUGAACAGCAGCAGAGAGAGGUCUCCCAGCUGCGGGCCCAGAUCCUGAAGCUGCAGCAGUGCUGCCAGUCGUAUGGGGCUGAGACUGAGAAGUUGCAGCAGCAGCUGGCUUCGGAGAAAGAAAUCCAGAUGCAGCUCCAGGACGAGCUGCAGGACCUGCGGGAGAAGUACUCGGAGUGUGGGGGCAUGCUGAUUGAGGCCCAGGAGGAGGUGAAGACCCUCCGCCAGCAAGCCCCAGCGUCCACGGGCUCUGUCACCCACUACACAUACACUGUACCUCUGGAGGCACUUCCUAAUUUCCAGGAGACCCUGACUGAGGAGCUCAGAAUGUCUAUAAGGAGGAUUAUCUCAGACCCUGUGUGUUUUAUGGAAAGGAAUUAUGAAGUCACUCCAGAGGAGAUGUCAGACCUGGGAUAUGAGCUGCGCUACAGUGAGGAGCGAGAGCAGGAGCAGGGGCUCGAGGCCGAGGAGGGGCUGAUGUCCGCUGAGGAUUUCGUGCCUGUGGAGGAGUUGGUGCGGGAGGAGGAACCGGGGGCCACGGAAGAGGCAGUGCCAGCUGAGGAGGGAGUGACGGAAGAGGCAGAGCUGGUGUCCGAGGAGGCCGAGGCCUGGGAGGAGGUGGAGCCAGAACUGGAUGAGGAAACGCGGAUGAACGUGGUGACCUCAGCCCUGGAAGCCAGCGGCUUGGGCCCCUCACACCUGGACAUGAAAUACGUCCUCCAGCAACUAGCCAACUGGCAGGACGCCCAUUACAGGCGGCAGCUGAGGCAGAAGAUGCUCCAGAAAGGCUUUGCUGUUUCCCAGCAGCCUGCGGAGGCCUCACAGACAGCCUGAGGCCCCUCCUUCCGCUGCCUGGCCAAGCCCCACCCUCCCCAGACCCGCCUUCCCUUGCUGUGAAACGGGGACCCCCGGUCUGUCACCAGCCCACCCUCCGUCCUGAUGAACCUGGGCCAGAACCUGAGGGCCCAAGCCUCGACCCUCUUCUGGGACAGGCUGAAGGAACCCUGGCCCUUGUUCUGCAGCUGGUGCAAGAGCUGUGGCUGCUGGGCCUGGAGCACGUGGUGGCCCAGGGGGCGUAAGCGGCCCAUGGGGAGGCCCACCAGCGACCAGACCCAGCUCUGAGCUGGGAGCAGGGCUCUGGCCCUGGGUGUAGGAAGUAGUUCUGAGCAGCCCUCUAACUAUAUGCCCCUCACCCCUUGACCCCCAAAUUAAUGGUGGCUCCCCAGUCCUUGGUGACUUUUAGGGACCUGGUCAUCUUUCCCCACUCUUGGCCCUUUCUUCUCAGUCCCUAAUUACUGUACGGUGUGUAACCGGAAGCAAGCGUCUGUGUGGGCCGGGACUCCCUCUGCCCUGUGGAGGGCCUCCCUUCCCCGCCUCUCCGCCUGUGGCCUGUGCGUGUGCAGGCUCCCUCCCAAGGCUCUGUCACUCCCCCCACGCCCUCUCCUCAGUGCCUCUGGCUUCCUCGUUCUAGAUGUUUUGCCGUUUCCCACCCUUUACUCAUAAACAGCUGGAGUCGGGGGCUCGGGACCCCCAUAGGUAUCUGCCCUGCUCCCCACAGUGCUUCUCGCGCUCCUGUUGCUUGUAAGCCCAUGUACGUGCCGGUGCAG